ACCCCGGAGCAGUCCUCACACGCGGAUCUCCUCCUCUACAACCACAACCACCACCACAGCCCACCACCACCACCACCACCGCAGCCACCAUGACCCGGGACGUGUUCUGCACCGCCCUUCUUCUCGCCCUCUGCGUCAUGGCAUCCGAGGGAGCCAUCAAGGACGCCCCAGCCCAUGCCAACAACCAUCCUGAUGCAGGGUAUCCUUCAGAUGGGUCUUCAGCGAAACGCUUCGAUGCUUUCACAACCGGCUUUGGCCACAGCAAACGCAACUUUGACGAGAUCGAUCGCUCCAGCUUUGGGUUCGCCAAGAGGAACUUUGACGAGAUCGACCGUUCCAGCUUCGGUUUCAACAAGAGGAACUUUGAUGAGAUUGACCGCUCUGGCUUCGGCUUCGCUAAGAGGAACUUUGAUGAGAUCGAUCGCUCUGGCUUCGGGUUCGCCAAGAGGAACUUCGAUGAGAUUGAUCGCUCCAGCUUCGGUUUCAACAAGAGGAACUUUGACGAGAUCGACCGCUCCAGCUUCGGCUUCGUGAAGAGAAUGCACCCCCGAGACCUCGCCAACCUCUACAAGCGCAACUUUGACGAAAUCGACCGAUCUGGUUUCGGUUUCGUGCGCCGCAACGCUGAGUGAGGAGCGCCGCCCCCCACCCUCACGUCCCGCCGUGCCCCGGCCCUCCGGACACCCUCGCCGGCUCCACACCACCACACUGACACCACCACAACAAAAACUACAACAAUUACAACUAUGUCUAAACUCACAGCAGCAUCAACUCGACUAGUUCUCUCCGCGCGAGGCUGAGGCUGAACACCAAGGAAAUAAAGAGUAUUUUUAC